UGGCCUAACUGUAAACUGAAAAAUAAAUUAAUCAAAGUUUGACGAACGCUCUUUUCAGCUAUGAAAGCUGUGAUUCUGAGAGGUGGUUCGAUUCCGGUCACGUCACCGGCUCUCGCCGCUUCUUCGUCUCCACGAGUUUCUCUUUCACGUCAAAGUUCGUUUGCCGGAAUUUACUCCACCGAGAGAACGGCCUUUGGCUCUCCGUUGAUAUCUUUGCUUUCCCCUAUGGAUAAACGGAAGGCCAAGGAGACUCAACCUCACAUAAGGCGAGCGUUGUCUGAUUCCGAUAUCGUGAGAUCGGCGUCCCAGAUUCCUGUCGGAUCUCGGGGCUUUUCGGCGGGUAUACCGGAGGAGGAGUGCUUGUCGGACUGUGAAGUGGAUUGGAAAUCCCGAGCGUUGGUGACUGGGAAUGGAAGUGAUAGGGUGAGUUUCGCGCCGUUUGGGCCGGAACGCGGGAUAUCGAAGGAGGAGAUUGGUUAUUCGGGUGACGGAGUAGGGAAUGGCGGGAAAUCUGGCGGCAACCACGGGGAUGAUCCGGUCGGCCAUACGAUAGAGAUAGGUGAUUAUUAUAAAGAAAUGUUGAAAUUGAAUCCGGCUGAUUCACUUCUCUUGAGAAACUACGGCAGAUUCUUACACGAGGUUGAAAAAGAUACGGAGAGAGCUGAAGAGUACUAUGGGAGAGCGAUCUUAGUGAGUCCUGGAGACGGAGAGGUAUUGUCUUUGUAUGCAAAGUUAAUAUGGGAGAGACUCAGAGACAAGAGCCGAGCUAGCUCUUACUUCGACCGAGCCAUCACUGCUUCUCCCGAUGACUGCAUGGUUCUGGGAUCUUACGCACACUUCAUGUGGGAAGCUGAGGAAGACGAUAAUGAAGAAGACGAAUUGGGUGACAAAUUUGGAUUUUCUCCUCCUAUGGUUUCAGCCUUUUAAUGCUCUCUCUUUAUUACUA